AGAUGUCAGUUUCUUGACAAUAUUUACUUAACUUUAAUGGUGAACCACGCAGUAAGACACUUUGCUUUGCUUUAUUGUUAGGAUGCCAAGAAUGAGGUAGUAGAAUUGUGCGAAACACUUCUAAACCUUUCCCUUGCUGAAACCAAAGGCGACGAAACACUUCCGGAACCUGUCUAAACACCACGCGAGUACAUUACGCCCAUUACAUCUACAGAUAUCACGCAGAAGGAUCAACAGAAGAAAGCCUAUAUGUCCCUAUUGGAGAAAGUGGUAGCAGCACAGCGUCCUCUGAAACACUUCCAAAUAUGCCACCAGAACCUCGUGGAAAGUUGUACAGUUUUUUGGAAGCUUGUGGUGUAGAGACGCGCAUAAACAAGAUAAGAAAACCCUGGGGAGAGGCAAGUGCGCGGACCCGAAAGAGUCACGUGGUUCAGGCGAAAGAUGUCGUGGUAUCUUCUAUGCGAGUCAUGAUGCCUGGUGACGAGGCACAGCUUUGGGGAGCUCUAGCCUCGUCUAGACUUGUAGAGAAAGAGCUUGGUAUUGACGACGGGGUAGAUGGCAAGUACCUGUCAGCGCUAGCCGAGGCCUAUCACCUGGCGAAUGGAUGGGAAACCAGACGAGAAAUACUUUCUGUUAUGGCUGAUCUGGUACCAUUCAAGCGACUAAAAAGCUUUAUUCCAGGGCUUACAGAAUAUCUCUUUUUGGCUGCCUGGCGACAUAAAAAAGAGUUCGGCAGAGGUGCACCAAGACCUGCUAUCAAACAGGUGCGAGUGAUGAUCGAAGAAAAGCAGCUGGACCACUUCCUGGACUUUAUCACCAGUCCUCACAUUGUGCAGGACCUGCCAUUUGGUUUAAAGCACCUCUGUCUGUUUUCUGGCGAAAUCCUCGAGACACCGAAUGUCAUAAGAAAUAUGAUACGGGAAAGAAUCGUCCGCCAAUACCAGAGCUACUGUGAAGAAAGUGGAUUCAAGCAUUCCGGGAGAACAACGAUGCUAGCCAUCCUUUCUGCUUGUAGUGCAACCGUGCGUAAGUCACUUCAAGGACUCGAUUAUGUUGCAGCUGAAGGUAGCAGUGCGAUAUCGUCAAGGAGCUGCAAGACUGCGGAGCGAUUGAACAGGGCACUGCGCAAAAUCUUCAAAAACGUACAACUGAAGGCCGUUGUAUUGCAUUCAUUUCAGAUUCACGUUAGCGCUUCAUCGCCUGUGGCCGACCACUGCAGUACAUGGGCGCUGAGUGACAGCAGGGAUAGACUGUUCCGCGAAGAUUGUGACCAUCAGCACGACUUUUCCUGUCGCCAAUGCGAAGAUCUAAGCGAUGUAAUAGCAGCGAUCAAAGUCUCCCUAGAAGAGGAUAUCCUUCCAUUUAUAGAGGAUCAGCUAAUAGACCUUCGCCAUAGAUGUGGAAAGGCAGCAGAGGACAUUCAGCUGUGGAAAGCUCAUCUUCUUCGCAGCAAUCGACAGGAUGCUGCAAGAAUUAAAGUAAUAGCAGAUCUCGACGAAUCUUCAGUACUGAUCACAGACGACUGGGCAAUGAAAUUUCUCCCGAAAAAAUACCGUGAGUCCCAGACGGACUGGUUUGCCAAGAGGGGAAUUUCUUGGCAUAUAAGUGUGGUGGCCAGGAAAAACGGGGAUGAGGUCCAAACUCAGACCUUCGUACACAUCGCAAGGAACUGCAAUCAAGAUGCUUCUGCUGUGGUUCAUAUUGUGGAACACGUCCUGCGUACCAUCAAGAGCAAGUGCCCUGAAAUAAAAAAAGGCAUUCUUACGUCAGGACAACGCGGGCUGUUACCACAGUGCGGCCACACUAGCCGCAUACGCCGACAUGGAGAGAAGAACUGGGAUAAGGGCCGAACGUGCAGAUUUCAGCGAUCCACAAGGAGGCAAGGGACCGUGCGACAGGAAAGCGGCGCACAUAAAGGCGCAUGUUCGCAAGUAUAUCAAUGAAGGACACGACGUGACGACGCCUGAACAGCUGAAGAAUGCUAUGCUGUCAUAUGGUGGUCUUCAAGGGGUCCGUAUAACACUAGUGGAUGCGUCUCUCAUCAAGCAAUCUCUCAGAGCCAAGUGGGAAGGAAUCAGCUUUCUCAAUAAUUUUGAGUACCAAGCCAGCGUCAUCAAUUCAUGGAGAGCUUUCGAUGUGGGACGAGGUAAAGGCUUUCCUGUUGACGACAUGCAAGGUGGGCAUAGGUUUCUAUACUUAUUCAAAUGAGCGGUGCAACUAUUAUCCAUCUUCAUCUAAUAUGCGCCGCAUGGAUCGAAAAAUAAAAUAAAAUAAAUGUCACCCUAUGUUAAGUGCAAGUGUUAGGAAUAUUCUGCUUUUAUUCGCAAUUGUAUAUAUUUUACUUCCAUUUCCUCUUUCGUAGCCACUGUAUUUGAGACGUCAUUUGGGGAGACCUUUUCCCCUGGUGGCUUCACAGCAACGACUUUACCAAAUACUCAGAGCCAUACAUCGCAACAGUCGUCCUCUUCCUCUUCACUAUUUCAGUGCACAAAUGAGGGAUGUGUUCGGACAUUCAUGUCGCUUUCUUCUCUUGAAAGGCAUCUAGCCUAUGGGGAGUGUGAAGUGCGUGACACUAGAGCAACAAUGCUCGACAUGGCAAAGAUCAGGUACACUCGUCGUCUUCAGGAGGGAGCAUCAACAGCACUGACAAGACCAGGCCACCAGCAAGACCCUGCUGCACACCAGCUCGAAAUGGGAUGGGCGCUGAAAUCCACCAAGAAGACCAAGCGCUUUUCAAAGCGUCAGAAAAAAUAUCUAGAUGACAUGUUUUCCAUUGGGCAGCAGACUGGUAACAAAGCUGAUGCCUCCGCGGUUGCGUGCAACAUGCGCUACGCAAAAAAUUCAGACGGCGGGCGCUUGUUCAAUCCUGAAGAAUUUUUAACGCCUCAGCAAAUAACGUCUUACUUUUCCAGAAAGGCUCUGAAGAACCGACAACGCCAGUCCGUAGACAGUGAUGAUGAGGAGGCGGCGUUAGAAGAGCACACAAAUGCAAGUACUAGAACCCUAGGGAUAAGAGAAGUCGCGCUUCAGCAUCCCAUCGCCUAUGACCACUUUAACCUAUGCGACAUGAUGGUGGAAGGGAAGUUGAAGCAGCUCAGUGUUGUAAUGCUUCGUCAGGUGUGUGAGCAGCUUGACAUCCAUAUACCUCCAAGCACUCGGCGGAAAGCUCUGUUUAUUGACCUACUUAGUGAUGUACUCAAGAAAUGUACCUGUCACUCCUCCUAAUGCCCAAUCGCAACAAAUCCAAAGCCAGUUCCAACUGUGAAGCGCCAGAGCCAGAUCCCCCGUAGACAGCGCCAGAGCCAGAUCCCCCGUAGACAGCGCCAGAGCCAGAUCCCCCGUAGACAGCGCCAGAGCCAGAUCCCCCUGUGGACUGCGCCAGAGCCAGAUCUCCCCGUAGACAGCGCCAGGGCCAGAUCCCCCUGUGGACAGUGCAAGAGCCAGAUCCCCCCGUAGACAGUGCCAGUGCCAGAUCCCCCUGUGGACAGCGCCAGAGCCAGAUCCCCUCGUAGACAGCGCCAGACUCAGAUCCCCCUGUAGACAGAACCAGAUCCCCCUGUGGACAGCCCCAGAGCCAGAUCCCCCCAUGGACAGCGCCAGAGCCAGAUUUCCUUGAUUAGAAGAGCCAGAGCCAGAUCCCCCCAUGUGGACAGCGCCAGAGCCAGAUCCCCCCAUGUGGACAACACCAGAGCCAGACCCCCCCUGUGAACAAUGCCAGAGCCAGAUACCCCUGUGAACAGCGCCAGAGCCAGAUCCCCCUGUGUACAGCGCCAGAGCCAGAUCCCCCCGUGGACAAUGCCAGAGCCAGAUACCCCUGUACACAGAGCCAGAGCCAGAUCCCCCCAUGUGGACAACACCAGAGCCAGACCCCCCCGCUGUGAACAAUGCCAGAGCCAGAUACCCCUGUGAACAGCGCCAGAGCCAGAUCCCCCCGUGGACAAUGCCAGAGCCAGAUACCCCUGUACACAGCGCCAGAUCUCCCUUGGACAGCGCCAGAGCCAGAUCUCCCCGUGGACAGCGCCAAAGGAAGAUCUGCCGUGGACAGCACCAGAGCGAGAUCCCCUUCUGUAAUGCCAGAGCCAGAUCCCCCCGUGGAUAGCGUCAGAGCAAGUUAUGCACCCCUAUGAACAGCGCCAGAGCCACAUAUCCCCGUUUACAGCGCUAGUCAGAUUCCCCAAUGUAGAUCUGAUUGUGUACUGUACAGCCAGUUUCCCCCGGUGAUAAAUGUUAUAGCAAAAACUAAUCAGGCCUUUGGGGGUUUCAAACUAUUGUGAUUUUGUUUUCCGUUUUUGGAAUCCCUUGCUAUCAGUUUUUGUUAAUAUAUUUCGGAUACUUCGGGUACUAUUUCACUGCAAACACUAAACAAUAUUAAAAAAUGGUAUAUACCUAACCUGAAACAAAUUUGUUAAUAAUCGAUGUGUCCCCUAGUCCUACCCACCAUGUGAAUAAAGCCGUUAUGGUUUUCCUGUGGUAUGUCACGUGGCAACAUGAAUAAGCGCUGUUCCAACAAUAAUCAACCUUAGUUGAGAUAGUUCUUUGCUUUAAAAGCGUUUAUGCGUUUGUAGAGGAACAGGCAUUGAUAAAAGACGAUGUCUAUCAACAGUUUUCCCAAGCUGAGCUACCCAGAUCUGCCAUCUGAAUAAAAGAUCUUGCAGUGGAUUGCCCAUCAGCACAUAUGUGCAUAUAUGUAUAAACACAAAAACACAAGCUACAUUCCAGUGAACGUUGACACCGACCACACGUGUUAAUGUGGUUUCACCAAGAAACCAGAGAAUGAUAAUUGAGGUAUCUGAGACCUGGCACACAAUUGGGAGAGAUAUCACAUCAAACUGCUCUUUACCUGGAUACAGGAAAGUGAGGCACUCCCAACUUCCACUGCAGUGAAAUAUACAUAUAUGGAAGAUCUUCAGAAGCAAAGCAGGAUUUAUAAAAUACCAGUAGAUAAUCUGAAUAAAUACCAGAUCGCCAUAAAUUCUGCAAGCUACGAGCUCUGUAAAGAGGAAGGGUCUCUACUUAUGGACAGAUGGAAGUUGUUGACCCUUUAAAGAUGCAAGGUGCACCAACAAGGGUAUAACUACUCAAAGAAAGCCUCAAGAUAAAAAAAAAUUGAAUGCUCAUGCAGCCGGUGACAAAAGAAUGUCAAGCAAGAUGUGAGAAAAAAAGAAUGAAUGUAAUAUCCUAGAGUCUUUCUAGUAUUAGAGACAAUCAAGUUCAUGCAGUUGAAGAAAAACAAAUACGCCAACUCUGAAAAGUAUUUGGAAGCAGCUGAGAUGAAUCAGAGGGUCUUUGAAGAAAGCAAGAAGACAAGAUUAGAAAUAGAAUUUAAAAAGUUAUCCAAGUCUGAAGCUAAAUCUGCUGUCCAUU